UUAACCCUGCAUUCAAUAAAAAGAGUAAAAUUUACACUUUCUCAUUUUAUGUAUAAAACACGUAUAACAUAUAUCUGUGGUAUUAAAAUUUCAUUGGUGGGGGGGUUAGUCAGGAAAAAAAAAUCUCAACAGACUGCCAGGUAGUAUCAAUAAUGAGAAAAAGUGGUUGAGAGACAACACACAAAAAUUCCACAUAGAAAGUGCACAAUGGAAAGCAAAAACAGAAGUAGAAAGUAAGGAGGGGCAGUCAUAAAGAAAAUGGAAAGUAGUGUGUUCCCUAUUUAAAACCCAUGCCCAGAGCAGGGUCUUCAGAGAACCUGGAGGCCCAGGCUCACAGACUCACCAGCAUCAACCAGGACAGCAGCAUCUACAAGAUCCCCAAUGGCCUUCUCUUUCCUUUUGCUGACCGCCCUGGUGGUGCUCAGCUGCAACUCCACCUGCUCUCUGGGCUGUGACCUGCCUCAGAGCCAUAGCCUGGCUAACAGAAGAACCAUAGUGCUUCUGGGACAAAUGAGGAGAAUCUCCCCUUUCUCCUGCCUGAAGGACAGAAACGACUUUGGAUUUCUCCAGGAGGAGCUUGAUGGCAACAAGUUCCAGAAGGCUCAAGCCAUUUCUGUCCACCAUGAGAUGAUCCAGCAGAUCUUCAACCUCUUCAGCCUACAGGUCUCAUCUGCUGCCUGGGAUCAGACCCUCCUGGACAAAUUGUACACUGGACUCUAUCAGCAGCUGAAUGACCUGGAAGUCUGUUUGAUGAAGGAGAUGGGCGUAGAAGAAACUCCUGUACUCCUGAUGAACGAGGACUCCAUGCUGGCUGUGAGGAAGUACUUCCAAAGAAUCACUGUCUAUCUGACAGAGAAGAAAUACAGCCCUUGUGCCUGGGAGAUCGUCAGAGCAGAAAUCAUGAGCUCCUUCUCUGCAUCAACAAACUGGCAAGAAAGACUAAGAAGCAAGGAAGGUGACCUGGUCCCAUAAAAAAAUGAUUCUCAUCGACUAAUA